AGUCGCGGUUAUAAAGUGAUGUGUCUGCCCCCAUAUUCGCUUGAACUAAAACCAGUUGAACAGUUCUGGGCAAUUGUAAAAGGAAGAUUGAAGUGUCACAGGUUGUUGACUGAAGAGAAAAUGUCUGAGGCUUGUAAUGACAUACCUGUUAAAAAUUUGUACCACUUUGCUAGUCAUUCUAAACGACAAAUCAUUCAUUGUUACAAGAAAACCCCAUUCUAA